CCUGUCUCGCUGAGAUGCCAGCUCGUCGUGCGGAGGUCUUAUAAUCAAGUCUCUUUCAACGCAUCAUGCUCCAAAAUGGCAGAGAUGAUUUUUGCGGGCGCUACAUGCUCGGGGUCUUAUAUUCCCUAUCGCUCUAGUAUUUUCAUAAUAGAUUGGGUCUUUGUCCCAGUAGCGUCAGAUCUAGUAAUGGCCAUACAUCAUUUAAUUUAUGAUCGAGGAUGGAGGCACCUGCUGUAGAGACCUAAUGUUAGCACAGCACCUUGCAACAUGAGCUGGG